CCAUUCUUAAAGUCACAGUAGGAAAGCGCUUCGUCUGCAGGGCGCGGGUUGAACGCACAUUAUAGGGGGGCGAAUACAACAUUAACCUACGAAUUCCAUCAUGGCAGCGACAUUAAUGCGUUCCCUUGUAAAGAAGAGGGUUCCUCUUCAGGUGGGACGCAUGUGCUACUCCUCCUCUGUGUCCACCACCAAGUUGUUCAUUGAUGGAAAGUUUGUAGAAUCCAAGAGUCCAGAAUGGUUGGACAUUCACAAUCCUGCCACCAAUGAGGUCAUUGGUCGAGUGCCAAAGGCCACACAUGAGGAGAUGUUGGCCGCCGUGGACUCAUGCUCACGGGCGUACCAAACCUGGUCCGAAACUUCCAUCCUGGCCCGCCAGCAGAUCUUCCUUCGCUAUCAGCAGCUCAUUAAAGACAAUAUAAAAGAGCUGGCAAAGCUGAUAACCCUGGAGCAGGGAAAAACCCUGGCUGAUGCUGAGGGCGACGUGUUCAGAGGACUGCUUUCUGUCCACCAGGGGGCGAAGAAUCACGGCGUGGUGAUGCCUGAUGCCAACAAAGAGAACACACUAAACCAGUUGGUUGGUGCUGCUUUUGGAGCAGCAGGUCAGAGAUGUAUGGCACUUUCCACAGCUAUCCUCGUAGGAGAAGCACGAAACUGGUUACCUGAACUGGUUGAACGUGCAAAGGGUCUCCGUGUCAAUGCAGGUGACCAGCCAGGAGCUGAUGUGGGACCUCUUAUCUCACCUCAGGCCAAAGAGCGAGUGAACGGUCUUAUUCGGAGUGGUGUGGAUGAGGGUGCCAAGGUGCUGCUUGAUGGCAGGAAUGUGAAGGUCAAGGGUUACGAAAACGGGAACUUCGUAGGACCAACCAUCGUUAGCAAUGUCACGCCGGACAUGAAGUGUUAUAAGGAGGAGAUAUUUGGACCCGUGUUGGUGGUCCUGGAGGCCGACAGCUUGGAUGAUGCCAUCAAAAUAGUCAAUAAGAACCCAUACGGCAACGGUACUGCCAUCUUCACCACCAACGGUGCCGCGGCUCGUAAAUACACCCAUGAAGUUGAUGUUGGACAGAUUGGAGUUAAUGUACCAAUCCCAGUCCCACUGCCCAUGUUUUCAUUCACCGGUUCCAGAGCCUCCUUCAGGGGUGACACCAAUUUCUAUGGAAAGCAAGGCAUUCAGUUCUACACACAGAUCAAAACUGUUACCUCGCAGUGGAAGGCAGAAGAUGCUACGCUGAAGUCCCCCGCCGUUACCAUGCCAACAAUGGGACGUUAAGUAUCAAUUAAAUUUCACCCUGGCCCCCAAAAUCGUCAACAAUACUUUUAACUACUGUACAGAUGGAUAUUUUCAAACAUACUGUCAUAUGUAGUUAAGUAAUUCCAAAAAUU